AUGUCCGGCCCUCAAGAGGGUCUUUUCGUCUCGGACGAAGCUGUUGUUGCCCCUGGGGCGACGGAGCCCGUCGUCGCCGCUGGCCACCAGGCCUACCACCAUUUCUGGGUGGAUGGCUUUCGGGUCCCCACCUCAUCCCGCCUCCCUUCCGGGGCCCUCGGCCGUCCCGUCUGCGUCUGUGUCCGCGUCCUCUGCCGCGCCUGUCGACCCGUUGGGGCUCUCACUCCUGCCGUGUCUGUCGUCGCCGCUGACUCCGCGACCCCUCGCGCGACCUCGCCGGUGGUCUCGCCGACCUCCCCCCCCCCUGAGGAAGAGGAGGAAGAGGAGGAGGUUGUUGCGCCCCGCCGCUCCUCCAGGAAGAGGAAGCACCCGUUGGCCUCCGACGAGGAGGAGGAGGAGUCCGAGUCCUCCCUGUCAUCUGACGACGAAGACCACCAUGCCGCCCUCGUCCGCGUGUGCUGCCUGCGCUGCGCGAAGCACCUCGCGCAAAGUCCCGAGUUCUCCUGCGUCUUCCCGAAGACCUCCACCAAGUGCACGAGGUGCACUCGUCUCAAGGACAAGUGCAUUCCGGUGAGUCUCCGGGCGGUCUUGUUUGGUCCCCGCCUCCGUUGCCGUCGCCGUCUGGGAUCUGCUGGCGCUGCAGUCGGACUACGACACGCCUCCGCCGCCACCAAGGCGGACUGUCGCGCCCUCCCCGCCCAGGUCCACGUGGCCACGUCCGUGGCGCUCCCGGCCACGGACGUCAACGCGGCCAUCCUGGCCAACCAGGUGGAGAUGUUGGCGGUCCUCCGCCAGAUCAGGCGCGGCCAGGCCGCGGAGAAGAGGGAGAGGAGGAAGGCGAAGGAUCGAGGGUAG